GAGCUGCACUCUUGAAUUAUGGGUAACGUGCUGUUACGUCAUACAGGCAGGAGCAGACGUUGAUCGUUUACCUUGAACGUAAAACACCAUGAAUUUGGUUUUAUUUCUCCUAAACACAAGGUAAAUGUGGUAUAUUUUAUCAGAGGAGGCAGUUUUGGUCCACUGAAACUAAAGUUGGCAUCUUUGCUGGACAGGAGGGUGCCAGCUGGAGGGAGACAGGAAUGGCAGGGGAAAGAGAAGGAAUGCAGCAAAGGGCCCCAGGCUGGAGUCAAACACUGGCCUCUGUGAGUCUCCAGGAGCUUGAUAUGGAGCUUAUGGGGAAAAGGAGGAAGAUCAAUCCUGAUGUCAGCAGCUCAGCGCACAUCUCUCCCAGUAACGGCAGGACAAGUGUCAGCUGGAGGAGAGGCAGCCGCCAUGCAGAGAGAGAGAGAGAGAGAGAGAGAGAGAGAGAGAGAUCUCUACAUAUGCCAUGGAAGAGACAAGUGCAUCCAGUGAGUGAGCAGUUUGACUUCAGGGAGACGAUGGCCGGCCAGGCCUGCCUGCAUUUGAAUGUCAAAGAGCAUCUUGGAGCUGUCACGGCCCACCUGCCACACGGGAGGAGCUUCACUCCAGUCCUCACCGUUACCCACAAGGCACCUGGACAGCAGAGAGGAUGGCGUGGACUGGCGGUUGAUGUGAAGGAAAGACAAUCAGAAAAUGAGGGUCAUCCUCCUCGGGCCCCAACCUCCCGGGGGACGGACAGGAACGCUGAUAAAACAAUCACCAUAAAGAGUUCCAGACUCACAGCUGAAGAGUGAGUGCAGGAGGCUCCUUCGGUGUCAGCGUGUGUGCUAAGAGCCACUUGCUCUCCUCCAACCCCCCCAACCACCCCCACCCCACCCCACCCCAUCCACUGCUAGCUCCGCUCUGACAGGGGCACGGUCGAUAAAGUGGAUUUGAGAUAUAAAUGUUUCCCAGAGCCCUCUCCAUCACUUGGAGACACCUGCAAGCCAGGGCACAGUGACACAAAGGGAGGCUCUAUUCUACCAUCUCUGUCACCCCCCUCAGAGCAGCCUGUUUAGAAAGUUAGUCCCAGAAUUUAGAGUGUACAGUUCUGCAAGUACAACUUGUAAUCUCUGACUGCUUUGGUACUUACUUUUAUCUCUUGCUGAAUUUCCUGAAGUAAUUGAAGAGCUAAAAAAAAGUCCUUUGAGGGUAAUAUGCUGGGGAGCCACAGGAGUAAGAUAAAAUGUCUUGAAAACUGAAAAUGUAUACACAGCAUCCCAAGUGACAGGAGCAGUUUUAUCCAGCAGUACCCUCAUUUUUGGCCAAACUAGUGGCAUGGCUCUGGGGAUGGGAAUGUAGGUCUGUUGAUUGGUACAUUGGUCGGUCCAUUGGUUCAGAUUAAAAUGCCCCAAUGGAUUGUCAUGAAAUACGGUACAGACAUUCAUGGUCCACAGAGGAUGCAUCCUAAUAACUUUGAUGAUCCCAGACUUUUAACAUAGCACCACAACCAAGUCAGAUUUUUCACCUUUUACUAACAACUUCUGCUAAUGACUGAUUUUCUGUCAGAAUUGGCUGCACUUAAUUCUAACAUAGCAAGCUGAUAUUCCAACCUUAUCACUCCAGCUUCAUGACUGUGGUGGAGUAGAGGCAUGGGCUGGCUGAAAGUUGAGCCCUGACAUGAAAAAGCUAUGAGUGUAUCAUAUCAUUCCUGAUAUAAUAUUAUUUGGAAAGCCAGCUCUCCAGAAAAAAAGAAGAGACUGAACACGUUACGAUCAUCCACAACUGUAUAAGCUGAUAGCAAAUGGAAAUUCUGUUAAACCAAAGUGAACAGAAUUGACUGUAUUAAACAGUGGACACAGCUUCCAAGUCUCAAAAGUGAAGCCAGUUCAGAAGUGCCCUAAACCUGCAUUCUGUCUAAUGGCCAGCAGUGUGCGACUCCGCUGGUUUCAAAAAGAAGUCCUUUUGUAGGGAAACUUGUGAGAUAUUGACCCUACUUCUCACUUCAUUUAUUACCUCAGUAGCAUUUUCCUAAUGACUGUAGAUCUCAAUGUCUAGCUUCAAUACAGCACAAUGUAAAUUAUGGUCCCAUUUAAUUUUGAAUAGAUGAGAAAGCAGGGUGUGUUAUGAGUCAUUACCACAACAUGUCCAUCUUCUCCAGCACCACCCUGUUGUCCAAAUAUGGUCCCCUCUGGCUCCAAAAAACAAGAUAGCGACAGGCGUAAUGCCAAACGGUGACUCCAAAACAGUUGUCCACAUACCAGUGGCUGAUGUUAUGAUGACAUUAUUUGUUUUCCAGUUGUAUUUUCUGACACCGUCCUAAUACCCAACUUUACGUUUUGUUGUCCAACUAUUAGUCAGAAUACAACAAAACAAAGUUGUUCUUUUGUUGUCUGGUGUGUAAUGAGCAUUGCAGCCUCACAGGGACUGUACCAUGGUUAGUCUUUUAGUAUUGAUGUUUUUUAAUUGAUCUACUAUCUUGCACAUCUGUUUAUUCAUGUGUGUUGUUUGGUGUUGACAUCACAGCAGUAUACUUUUAUCACUCACCAUGUCUGCUAGCCUGGUAUCAAUUGUAUUUUCUGCCGUCAUCCACUCUCACAACACACACACACGCAUGCAGAGAGACCAGACACACACAUACACUCAGCCACCGAUGCCUCCUGACCUCAGCUUGCGGUCGCUGCUGGCUGCCCAGAGCAUAUUAAAGGCUUAGAUAAAGGGAGCUGGAAACUGGUUGGGGCUGGCCCAUCGGCCCGGAGAAAGUGCUUGGAGCAGCAGAUGCAGUGGCGGCUCAGGGAGCCCUUUUUCCAUUAGGAGUCAUUUCCAGGUCCACCCUCAGUCGGUGACAAAGUGGUCUCCGCGUCUUCAUUUUCUGCUGAUCCCGUGUGAGCCGGAGGGAGGGAGGGACUGUCAUCAGUUACUGCUGCCGCCGCCCCCUAAUUGCAGCCAACUGUCGAUGCGUGCAUUUGGACCUUUUUCAGGCCUACAUUAUUUAUUGGGAGAAAAAUAUUGUAUUGAUUUUGGAUGGCAUGGUGAGGUAUAAGUGAUGUUGCUAAAGAGCUGACAAGACACUAUAAACUUUUAUGAUAGUGUCAUAGUCAUACUUCGCUAAAAUAAAAUUAACAAAUCUGAACCUAAUGUGCGACAGAGAAUGACUGCAUUGCAGGCAAUUACAAAUGGGAAUCUUCAGUACUGCUGCCAGACUUAAUCCUUUCUGGUCUUCACAGCAAUUCAGCAAAUGUAUGUGUUGUUUUCUUAUUGUCACAAUAUUUUCUUCAUGGCCAGAAAAAAAAUGUACAGACAGUAAUUCAACAGGGUUUUCAUAUCUGUUUAAAAUUCCAGUCACAGC